AUGUUUAAAACUCUUAUAAAUAAGAUAACAACUAAUAUUUCCCGAGGAUUUCACACGUCCCCAUGUUUAAAUGAAGUGAGAUUACUUACUCGACUGCGGGUUGUAGAUAACUCGGAAAUCGGAAAGAGAGCUAUGGCUGAAGGCAAACCUCCUAAAAUCAUUUGUGUUUACAAUAAACGACGUGUUGGUAUGAUUGGAGACAGAGUACUCGUAGCUAUUAAAGGGCAAAAAAAGAAAGGUAUUCUUGUUGGCCUUAAGCAGACACAGAAAGUUAAAGUACCAAAGUUUGAUAGCAAUAAUGUUGUUCUGAUUGAUGACAGUGGGACUCCCUUGGGUACAAGAAUACAUGUACCCAUUCCCACAAUACUAAGGACAAUUCUCAAGGAGAAAACUCAUGCCAAGGGUGCAGAUUAUACUAAAUUGUUAGGAAUAGCCACAAGAUUUGUCUAG